AUGGAUACUUUACAAAGUGACUUUUUUGGAUUUAUUGACGAGUUAUGUUCAAGUGGAAAGUCAUUAAGGUAUUUACAUAAUAUACUAAAUAAACUGAGUGAACUUUUAAUACUGUAUAAAAGCAGACAUUUGAAAAUCAUACCUGCUACAUUACUUAAUUUUGGGAAAUCAAAUUGUAUUCAUCGUAAUGAAACAUUAUAUGGAAUUGAAGACUUUAAAAUUGAUAUGUUUGAAGUGUGUAUGAAGUAUUUACUCUGUAUACUGAAUUUUAUAAUAGACAGCCCUAUCAUAGAUAUGAAUAUCGCAAAAAAGCUAUUAAGAGGAGUUUUAAAAGUUCAGCGUGUGAGAAUGAGGCUAUCUGAAUCUGCAAUAAGAAUACUCAUGAAAUGGCUCAAAAAUGAAAUACUUAUACGUCAAUGUAGUGAUGUACCAAGUAAGGGAGUAGUUUGUGAGAAACAAAGCUAUCCUAUAUCUUUUAGUUCAUAUAUUAUAAACAAUAUAUUAUUGAGAUCAAUAAAAACGCAAGAUUUGAAAACUGCCACAUUUUUGGUUAUAAGUAACAUUUAUAAGUCUGAAUACUCUAAUUCGUAUAUGAGUCCUUUCUUUUUGGAAUAUAUACUGGUGAAGGACUACUUGUUGAAAUAUGAUAAUUUGAGGUAUCACUUUGCUUUACAUAUUAGGAAUCUAUUAGAGAAAAUUUGUUAUGAAUCUGGGGAUUCUGUAGGAUACAAUACAGAAAAACGAGUUGAUCCAUCCUUAGAGCUAUAUGGUUGUAGUGUAGAUAUUUUAAUUGGGACUUUGCUCAGGAUCAGUUUUAUAAUUUUGAAUUUGCCUAAACCAGUUAACAUUGGAAAGUUUAGGAAUAAAACAGAUUUAGAGAGAGGAGAGAGAGAACUAGCAAAUAUAUACAAAACUACUGCGAACUACGGCUCCUUACGAAGUGAGUUUGAACAUGACUCUUCCAAUUGGCAAGACAAGUAUAAAACAGUAUAUCAGCAGCUAUGGAUUGUCUAUCUGCAUGCUGUAAUUAAUAUGGAUUGUGACAAUGAACUGUCAGUUAAAGUAGCUAUUUUGAAACACUUGUUACAUUACAUACCAAUCAAUAUAAUGCCACAUUUAACAAACCCACUGGAAAUGGCUGAUGCUUAUGUAAUGAUAUGUAAUGGGUUAGGUAAAAAGUAUCUCUCAGCGAAUAAACUAGAAAACACAACUCUAUCAGCAAGUGCACUAAGCGGUCUAUUUUUUCUAAUAGUUAAUUAUAGAUUAAAUGAAGAUUACAGCAAAUGUGCAUCUAGCUGUACGGGAUACUACUAUAAUUUAUAUUCAACAAUUUCUGUACCAAUAUUUAACCUACCUCAGAGCAGUAAAUUCUUAAAUUUACUGUCUUUGUCACUAUCUUCGCCUAUGUUACCAUUGAAACUACUAGCCAAGUUUAUCAAGAAGCUUAUUAGAGUAUCAGCAAUAUCAUCACCUUCUAGUAGCGCAUUGAACCUGAUUCUAGUAAAAAAACUAUUUAAUAUAAAUAUAUCAUAUUUGAGUUCAAUGAUGUCUCUCGAUAAUAUGUCUCAAGAGUUCAAUUUAACGGCAAAAUUACUCAGAACAAGGAAUGGAGAUCAAUGGAAUUAUUAUAAAAUAAUUGAUGACCAUGAAAAUAUAUACUCUUCUGAGUACAGCACAAAUAUAAUGCUAUCAAUUGAUCUUGGUCUUUGGGAAUUGUACUUGCUUAGGAAACAUAUUGUACCAUCUAUAAGACAUAUAUCAAAUUUUCUAAUACUUGAAUCAAGAAAUAUUAUAACACAGUCAAUAAAAGAGAGAAAUAUUUACGAAGGUUUGAUAAGUGACGAGCAUAUUUUACGUUUAGAUAUAGCUAGAGGAAUAAACAAGUUCUUUAUUACCAAGAAACAUGGAUCCAGCAAGUCAAGUGGUUCUAAAAGUAGAAAUCAGUAUCCAUUAUCUAUUUCAGUGAAUUACUCACUACCUGGAGAUAGAAUUAGUAGGUUUUUUGGAGAUACUGAUUCAUUGUUUUGCAGUAGUUGA